CUAAGUAAUAGUGAGAAUUGGUCCUUAAAGUGUUACCAAAUGUAUUCAUUUAGGUUGAAUAGAGCAGUGAAUCAUGCAUAAAAUGUAAUAAACGAAUUACAAGCAUAGACACAUGCAAUGAAUCAAAGAUGUGUAAAUGUAAAAAUUACACUGCAAAGUCAACUCAGCAUUGCAGAUCUAUGCGAUGUGACUGAUGCACACAUUCCUAUAUCGAUGCUGAAACAAUAUAUUGUGCAGCCCUAAUUCACACACACACAGUAACUUUCUUCAGUUCUUAAUAAACUAACAUUGCUAAAAUCUGUCUGAUACUUAUUUUGACUCAACAGCUCAACGUCUCGAAGGACAGACCAUGUCGAAUCACUCCGAAGUGGGGAUUUACCUGAGCUCUCACACAGAGAACAUCCUGCUUGCAGUCUUCUACAUGCUCGUCUUCAUCCUCUCAGUCCCAAGCAAUGCUCUGGCCCUAUGGUUGUUCUGCCAUCGCAACACCACCAAAACGCCUUCAAAAGUGUAUUUGAAGCACCUGGCAAUAGCGGAUAUGUCCUACAUAUUAGUGCUCCCCAUGCGAGUGAUCUAUCACCUGUCUGACUGUCAUUGGCCUCUUGGCGAAGUGGCUUGUCGCGUAGCGGGCUUCCUGUUUUAUGUCAACCUCUACUGCAGCAUGUACUUUAUGGCCUGCAUCAGCGUGGAUCGAUUGUUGGCUUGCGUUUUACCCCACAAAGCUAAAAACAUGCGAAAGACCAGGAAUUCCAAUGUGGUCUGUGCGGUCCUGUGGGUCAUGGUGACCAUUUCCAUGAUGCCCGUCCUGUUCUCCAGAAGCCAAGUGACUAGAGAAUGGCAGAACGUGACAGUAUGUGAAAAGCUAUACAUAGAGACGUCUUCCAAUCCCACUGGAGCACUGGUGUCAAUCGCUGUUUCAUUCCUCGUUCCUUUGGUUAUUUUGAGUGUUUCUUAUAUUCUGAUAUUUUGGAGGGUCAAACAAAUGACUUUUCAAGAACAGACGCCUGCACAGCGCAAGGCCAUGAGAAUGAUUGUACUUACGGUGGUCAACUUUGUGAUUGCUUUUGUGCCGUAUCACAUUCACAGAUUGUUUUUUAUCAAACAGCAUGAGGACAUGUCAAGGUCAGAAUCAGAAAGACGAAUGCUGUAUCUGGGAAAUCGUAUUACCUCAGCUUUGACGUGCGUCAGUGGUGUGUUGGAUCCUGUCAUGUACUUCUUUCUGGCUAGAAAUUACCAAGAGACCUUGCUGCAGCUCUGUGGAAAAAGCCCCAAAUAUGAGCAAUCCACCACAUGAUCAGACUGGAAAGGUCUCUUGACAUCUUCUCUGCUGUUCUUACGCAGCCCUCGGGCAUAACUGAACUCAGUAUCACACGUGAGUUAAAGUGAAACUGGAAGAGCUUCAUGGAGUUCAUCAUUACAUUCAGAAACAUAGCACACACUUUGAUUCCUUUCACAACAAAUGUGAAACUCAUAUUUAGAGAUGAGAGUGUGUCAUAUGACAAGGUUAUUAUCCCUCAUGUGAAAUUAUUCUUCUUUUUCCAAAAAUUCCCAAAGUGCUGUUCAAUGUAGAGACAUUGUCAACACAGUUUUAAACAUCAUACAUAUACAUACACACACACACACUACCUGUUUUAGAAACAACAAAU